AUGUUACCACAUUUAAGAUCUCCAUCACUAACAAUCCUUUUCAAUUAUCAUACAAAUUCCAUAAAGGUAAGAGAAGAAAUCAGCGGAACGGAACAUACACUUGUACAGUUGCCCUCCUGUCCAAAACACGCAGUCUACGAUAUGAAUACUAAGGAAUGUCGGCAAGUUAUCUACCAUCCUCAGCUAAACUGUACGACAACAAGAUUAAAUGAAUCUGAGUAUUAUAUCACUAGUGAUGGUCGUCUCUACUUAAAUAAUACCCAACGUUUGAUGAACCAAUCAGAAUUCACUCGUGAUUCUCAAGGUAUAAUAAGUAUCUGUGUAAACAAUGGUACCAAUAAUAUAUCAAAUAUACAUGGCAUAUCAAAAUAUUCCGUAGCUGAGAGCUAUAUUACAUUAGUGGGACUAGUGAUCUCUAUUCCAGCUCUAGCAAUCACUAUUUUAGUCUAUCUCUGUAUACCUGAUCUCCGUACCUUACCAGGUAAAUUACUAAUUAGUCUUUUAUUAGCAUUGUUUGUAGCUGAGCUUCUCUUUCUUAUCUCAUCACAAGUCACUGUAUCUACAAUGCUGUGUAAAUCUUUAGCUGUGAUGUUGCAUUAUUAUUUUCUAGCGACUUUCUUCUGGAUGAAUGUCAUGUCUUUUGAUGCCUGGAACACUUUCUCAGGACUUACACAACUUCGAAGUAAAGGGAAAAAUACCAAGAGACUUGUCUUGUAUUCCUUAUAUGCUUGGACCUGUCCAUUUGUAAUAGUAACUGUUUCACUGAUAUUUGAGUACACACCUGGAAAUCAUGGACUUUCUCCAGAAUAUGGAAAUGGUACCUGCUGGAUUGGAAAUGGAAAAAGUCUUUUGUGGCACUUUGCAAUCCCCGUAAUGAUUAUUUUAUGUCUUAAUAUAAUAGCAUUUAUUCUUAUCACUUUCUUCAAAAUAUUUAUCGAAACAUAACAAAAAUGAAUUUGUUAUUCACUUAAAACUAUUCUUUAUCAUGGGUCUAACAUGGACAUUUGCAUUUCUGUAUACGUUUACAAGAAUUGAAGAAUUUUCUCUGUUAUUUUGUAUUUUAAACUCAUUCGUUGGAUUAUUUAUUUGUGUAUCGUUUCUAUCAACAAAGACAGUUCGUCACAAUAUUCUUAGUAAUUUGCACAAAAUUGCAAAAUUGCCUACAAAAGAAUUUACUGAUGUUUCUUCUGCUCCUAAAACAAUAUCAAUGGCUGUAUCUACUGAAGGCUCAGCUAAUUAACAUCACAGAUUCUAUGGAGACUCUCUGGACUUCAGUACAGUUGCUAGAAAUAGCAACGAAAUCUUUAUCGUAUAAUACCGUCGAAAAAUAGAAUUUUAAAUAAACCAUGUCCGAAAAGGAAGUCGGGAUGAUCACGGCUGGAAUACUUGUAGCUAUGGAUGCUUUUCAUCUCUCUGAACUGUUGCUAAACAACAACAACAAUAGCAAUCGACUUUAAACAUCCUUAAUGCGAACAGCAUUUGAUAUUUCUUUUGCUCUGGUACCAAUAUCCUUUCACGUAUAUCAAACAUCUUUCAAAUGUACAAAAUAUGACGUUCUUUCAUGAAAUGUAAUAUUUGCCUCUGAGAAAAAUUAUUCAUCCUCUCCUGCAGGCACACUAGAAAGUUUUAAAUGUCAAAUGAAAAAAUUCCGUAUGGGUAAAAAUUUUCGACUUUCGAAAAAUUUUGACUUUCGAAUUUGAAAUUGGCUUUUACACCUAAUGUAUAGACACUUUUUUGUAUUACAAUGCUGGUACAUAUUUCACCUCAUAUUUAACAUUUUACAUUCGACUUUUAAG